UUGAAAUUCUGAUCAAGAACUCUAAAAUAUUUGAUUAUGUGGUAGGCAAAAGGCUCAGUUUGUACUAGUACAAUUAUGCUCAUGAACAUUUUUUGCUAAUUGGAUCUUAAGGGCUUCAUCAAAAUCACAAAUUUAAUGCGAAAAAUGGUUUGCUGGAUAACUGGUUGUGGUUUUUGGGAAUUUUACAAGAUAUGAGCUUUUGAGGAGUUCUUUUGAGAAUAAAGAUGGACUGCAGAUUGUGCAGUGGCUUUCUGGGAUGUCUUUUAAUGUCCCUUUUGGGGGUUCUUGUGAUUUUCUAUUGCAAUCUUGAUAGGGGAAUUGUUUAGGAAUUAUUUUAAAGUCAUGGGGAUUCAACUUGAAGAAGUAACUAACUUAUCAAUUUCACAAAUGUAAGUUAAGUUGUAAAUUUAAGGUUUUCCUUUAAAUUUUGCACGGGCUAUACAAUUUGCUAGGCUGAGGAGUUGAUACUGGCGCCAUCAUCAGGGAAGUACUUAGAUGUAGAGAAGAUUGGAGAGACCAACGUAAUUGUCAUGGGCAUUUUGAUUUGCCAGCUUAUGAGAACUAUUUGCAGGUCUAAUUUAUCAUUUUUGGAGGAUAAAGUGAGAAUCACUCCCCAAAAUUCCUCAGCUGGUAUCCUGGAGGAGAUGGUGUGAUAUCUCAUUUACUCUUAUCAUAUUGUAUAAUCCACCAGGUAAAAAUAUCAGAAUAAGGCUGAAUACGUGCUUGCAGUAAAGCAAAAGCCGGAAAAGCAAUGGCUGCUGAAGAUAGAAACCUCAUUGAAAUUCUGGAAGAGAAUCAUCCUAUUGAUAUCAGCAAAUACAUUAGUUUUGUUCAUUCACCACAAUGUGGUGCAAUAGCAACUUUUGCUGGCACAACACGUGACAACUUUGAUGGCAAGACUGUCUUGGAACUUAGAUAUGAAGCAUAUGCCACCAUGGCAGUACGCUGCAUUAAAUCAAUUUGUUCAGCUGCCCGAUCAAAAUGGAAUGUCCAUUCAAUUGCAGCUGCUCAUCGCUUGGGUACUGUCCCAGUAGGGGAAACCAGCGUUUUUGUUGCAAUCUCCUCUGCUCAUCGUGCAGAUGCACUGGAUGCUUGUAAAUUUCUGAUUGAUGAAAUCAAAGCAUCUGUUCCAAUAUGGAAGAAGGAAGUUUAUACUAAUGGAGAGGUCUGGAAGGAAAACUCGGAGUUUUUGCAGAGGUUGGAACUUGGUAAGGAUGAGAAAGCCAAGAACAGAGUGUACCGCAGUGGAAAACUCGAAGUGGAGGAGCAUGAGAAACGGGGAUGUUGCGGGGAAAAGGUGAAGGUAAAUGAUGAAGCAGCAGAUUCUUGUCGCAAUGAAGAAGGGUCUGAACAGACAGAACCUUUCCCUAGUCUAUCCAAGGUUCAGAAAGAUUGAGCAUGCUUCUGAAUAUCAAGCAACUUCUUGACAAUAAGAUGAUUGAGCCUCCAAGAAUAAAUAAACUUGCGCGUAUUCAUGCUCUCUAAAUUCUUCAGCUUAUGGCUCGACGGUCGUUGUAAUAUUAAAGGAUCAGAUAACGUUUGGGAUUAUAAUAAUAGACCUUCAUGCUUUCCUUGGGUGGAUAUGCCUUCAGAAUUGCUGAAAAAA